GUAGAAAAAUUGUCAUCGCAUUUAUUUCAAGUCCAUCUCGAUAUUUUUCGACUAUUUGCAUAUCCUGCUUCUGCUUCUUUUGAUGUACACGGUUUCACUACCACUACAAAUGCACGAUUAAUCGUUCUCUAUCUUGAUGAUAAUCACUCGUCUUCGCUUCGGUAUGUAAAUUUCCGUAUAAAAUAGCAACAAUAAUCGUCAAAUUUACAUUAUCUGAGAUUAAUAAUCAUCGGACAAUCGACACAAUAGCGUACCUGUCAUUGGCUUAGUUAUUGCCUACCUCUCGACUGGUGUGUUUUUCAAUAACUUCCUCGUCGGUGUAAUCGACAAUUCGCGAUGAAUUUGGGAUCUGGAAAUCCACAUGGCAAUGGAUUACUGUACGCUGGUUUCAACCAAGAUCAAGGUUGUUUCGCGUGCGGAAUGGAGGAUGGCUUUCGUGUCUACAAUUGCGAUCCGUUGAAGGAAAAAGAACGCCAAGAUUUCGUCGAUGGAGGACUCGGUUUCGUCGAGAUGUUAUUCCGGUGUAAUUAUUUGGCCCUAGUUGGCGGAGGGCGUAGUCCCAAAUUUCCCAAUAAUAAAGUCGUCAUCUGGGAUGAUGUAAAGAAACAAGUAUCUAUUACGUUGGAUUUCAAUACAGUUGUUUAUGGUGUCAGACUGAGACGUGACAGGAUCGUUGUCGUACUAGAAGGUGUCAUCAAAGUGUACACGUUCACCCAAGUGCCCAAACAACUACACGUUUUCGAAACCGGUAGCAAUCCUAAAGGACUAUGCGUAUUGUGUCCAAACAGUUGUAAUUCACUUCUAGCGUUCCCUGGCCGUAAAUCCGGACAUGUACAUAUUGUCGAUUUAGCUGAUACCGAAAAAAUGCCCGUUGAUAUUGCUGCCCACGAGGCUCCUCUUAGUUGUAUUUCUUUGAAUUUACAAGGAACUAGAUUAGCCACUGCUUCUGAAAAAGGUACAUUAAUUAGAGUAUUCGAUACAUCGACAGGAACGAUGAUAAAUGAAUUGAGAAGAGGCACAAAUACCGCCAAUAUUUAUUGUAUCAAUUUCAAUUCCGAUUCUUCCUUAUUGUGUGUCGCCAGCGAUCACGGUACUGUUCACGUGUUCUCUGUAGAAGAUCAAAAGAUGAACAAACAAUCGAGUUUGGCAUCGGCAACCUUCCUUCCUAAGUAUUUCAGUUCGAAAUGGAGCUUUUGUAAAUUCCAAGUACCCAGUGGUCCUCAAUGUAUAUGUGCUUUCGGAAUGGAUAACUGUUCCGUCAUAGUGGUUUGCGCCGAUGGCAGUUAUUACAAGUUUAUAUUCAACGAAAAAGGAGAAUGUUCCAAAGAUGUAUACGCCCAGUUCCUAGAAAUGACCGAUGAACCGUCACAUAACGCUUGAAAUUCGUCUCAAAAGUCUGUACAUAUUCUUGAAGGAUAUUUCACCGGAACUGAUCCAUUCGACAGUAUGGAUGAUAAUUAGCUAACCAUCUUCUAGAGGUAUUUGAAUUACGAAUUAAUUAUUCGCAGGGUAUUAUUGUUAAUAUCAAUUCAAACUCGACAAAUGUGGUAUAGUUUUUCAUUCCCACGACCUUCUUCGUAAUUAUCAGUUUUUUUUUUACCAUAUCGUUGAUGAAGCGGUUGACUGACUUUUUCUUAUGUUCUGAUUUUAAAGUUCAUGUAAAAUGUGCUGACUGAAUUGUUUAUUCGAUAUGAUUUUUUUCUUUUCAAUUCGAUGGAAAAUUCGAAAAGUGGUACUUUUUAUUCUGGUGUACUGGAUGUGUAAAUUUUGAAAAUUUUAUCAAUUUCUUUUCUUACGAUGACUUUUUUCAUUUUUAUUUAAUACGAUAUUUUUAUAUUUAUACUUUUUACUAUCUCUUAUUCAUUUUUUUAUACAUAAAUAUCGAUGUGUUGUAGAAAUUUUCCAUGUAUUAUUUUUACAGUUUUUAAUUUCGUAAUGUUUAUUCUCUUUUAUGACAUACUCCAAGGUUUUUGGCUUUCCCAGUUUCACUUUAGAAAGAAGUUAUUUAUUUUGCUAGAUUCCAUUGUACUUGUUGAUGGAAAUAGAAGUCAAAUAAUCGUGGUACUCUUUAGUUUAUUAGCAUAUGUAGAAUAAAAAAGCGUCGCAAAAAAUGUAUUGUAAGAAAAUAUACACACACAAAAAAAAUGAAAAAUCAUCAAAGCAUACAAACAAUUCAAGUCAGUACAAAAGUUUACCUUAUAAUAGUAAGAAAAAGAAAAGGAAAGUAGUGAUAUUUGUGGAUUUUACGUUUUAGUGUAUAAUGUAUAAAAAAUUUUAAACUUUCGUUGUACUCGUACGUCGCUCUAUUCUUAAGAUUUAUUUAUUUAAGGCAUGAAAUUAGUCUCGAUUGACAUUAAAAUCCCUGCGGGUUGUUGAAAAUAUUCAUUCAAUUUUUAAAAAAUUAUGUAUUGUGGUUGAUGAAAUUUUCUCAAUUGAAGGGUAAAAAAAUACGACCAAUUACUACUUAAUUUAUUCAAAACGUAGCUCGUGCGAAGAAGGAGCUAUUGGGAAUGGGAGAAAGGACACAUCGUAUUGAAAUUUUUGUUGGGCUAAUUUCAUUCUCAACUUGAAAAUAUUUUUUUGAUCGAAAAUGAAACUCGAAUUUGAAAUCAGUCCCAUUAGGAACCUCGAAGUCAAAAUCAAUAUGCGUGAAAAUAAAAUAUAAUCGCUCGUAUAAUUUUCCCCUUCGCAAAUUCAAUCUACUCUUGAAGAGAUCCCUUGGAUGCUUUAUUAUAGAUGAGCUGGUUUCUCACCUCUUGAAAUACUAUGAAAUGGAGUUGGUAACACUGAUUCUUUUGAUGACUCCUCCAAAUUGAGCUGAUGUUCUCUGGAUUUAUUUAUUUAUUUGAACAAUUGAGCACAAAAAUUGAAAAAUUUUGAAUUUAAAAAAAAAAGUAUUUAAUUUGAAUACGACGUACUCAAAAUCAGUGUUACUGUUUUCAUAUCUCUAAACGAUACCUACCUUCAGUACAACAUCCCAUCAAUUUAAAUGGACUAGAAGUCUGACAAAUGAAUUUUUUUCCAAAGCAACAUAAGAGUUAUAUUAUUUAAUAUUAAGUUUUUCGUACGCGAUUCGUGUUUAAUUGUGAUAUAAAUAAAUUAUUCAUGUUAUCAAA